GACCGUUACUGUUUCUCUCUCUCUCUGUAACCUACUAUAUAAAAACCCUCCACUCACCUCUUAUUACAAAGAGACCAUUCACUAUACAAUCUACAAGAGAAGAGUUGAACAAAGUAAACGUUGUAGCAUUACCCUCUCCAUCCCCAUGGAAGCAACCUCCUCUUCCUUCUCCUCGAUCUUCUCCUCGUCGAGCUUCGUCGUCGACAUCUCCGAGCUCGACGACCCGUGCUCUCCCUCCUCCUCUUCUUCUUCUUCUUCCGUUGAUGCUGCUGCUGCGGCGGCGGGCAACGGAAGCGUCGACCCCUCAUCCCCUUGCCCUUCUCCUCUUGCCUUCAUGAUCAUAUGCUGCGGCAGCAGGAGCAAGAAGGCGGCGGACGGGCGCGGCUCGCCACGACACUUCCUCGACAGUUGCUUUCUCUGCAAGCGCAGUAUAUCCAUGAAUUCCGACGUAUUCAUGUACAGAGGGGAUGCUCCGUUUUGCAGCAUGGAGUGCCGACAGGAGCAGAUGGAGAUGGACAAAGCUCUCGAGCAAGAACGUCGGCAUUACUGUAUUAGCUCUUCUUCUUCUUCUUCGACUACUGCAGUUGCAACUAUACCUACGAUCACAAACUACACUACUGAUGAGAACUCUACGACGACGGGGAAGGGCAACAAAGGCAAAGUUAUGAGCAUUCGCAAGUCGUCAACCAUGAACCUUACGGCUGCAGGCACUGCUGCUAUGGUUGUUGGUUAGGUUACGUUUUCAGGAUGCACGCAUAAAACAACAUAUAUGAGAUGUAUGUUUUUGUGUGUAUAAGCGCGCGCACGGGAGAAAGAGAAAGAGAUCCAUGUGUAUUGUUACUUUCUCCAUAUAAAGAUUAACUAUUGCUUGUAAGAGAUUAAGAGGCCUAUGGUUUGUUGUAAUUGUAAAUAUAGUGUAAUUGGAGUAUGUGCUGUUGCUUUCUCCAUAUAAAGAUUAACUAUUGCUUGUAAGAGAUUGAGGGGCGUAUGGUUUGAUGUAAUUGUAAUUGGAACUGUGCGCAAUUAAAAAUGCAGUAGUUAUAAUUGUAGUA